AUGCUCAUUGAAAAUGAUCAUGCCGUUCCUUGGUACUGGACCAUGGCCACCAAGGUGUUUGUCUGGCUACUCCUUGCGGGGUUCAUAGUGUUUCCCUCGACAUUUACAUCCUUAAGCCGUUCUGAAGCAUUGAACCACACCCUAGAGGGAAGCGAACCUGUUUCGGAAGCAUUAAGAAACCCCCCUCUUCUAGCUAUUGCUUUACUUCUCUUCGUAGUCUCCACGGCAGCACCGGGCUACAUUUGGUGGAUCUGGAAAGGGAACUAUAUCUGGGCUCUUAAUCGAAUUAUUCUGCCACUCUUGGCAAAUUCCUCCCUCGGUCUUAUUACAACGCUGCUCAACAUAUCCACAGCGCAGGACGGCAACUGGUCCGCGACUGCGAUCACUUCCACAGCUAUCACGAGUUUCUGUCUGUUUAUAUCCAUGAUUGGGUAUGCCGUGUAUGACUUGUGGCUGUUGCGCCCUCUUCGUAACUGGCAAGAAGACCCGAAGCCGCCGAUGAAUGUCCGAUUGAAUAAGUCACUCACUGAGCUGCUGCACACCGCUGAGAUUGUGGGUGUGGAGUGGAAUGAAGAGCUGGCCGAUGCCUUGGCAUCGUUCUUGGAUACUGGGGCAGAGAAUAUUGCGACUACGGCGAUGAGGAGUCGUCAGUCAUUCUCUGCGUCGACCCGCAAGCCUGGUGGUGUGCCCGAGUUCCACAGUAUUGUUGGGGGUUUGAACGCUUCGUAUGCGUCGCGCAACUGUCAAAGUAUAGACUCUUUCGUGGUUUCGAGCUCUUAUCUCAGUCUAUUUGAUAAUUACAUCUGA